GAAGGAGAAAUCCAAGCUCGCUUUGACGAAGCCCUCCUCCUCCCAUUUCUCCUCCCCGAGCUAGGGUUUCGCCGCCGCCGCCGCCGACUAGCCGGAGUUGCCAUGGGGACGCCGGAGACGUCGAGGGAGCCGUGCCCGGACCGGAUCCUGGACGACGUGGGCGGGGCGUUCGGGAUGGGCGCGGUGGGGGGCUCCCUCUUCCACUUCCUCAAGGGCACCUACAACUCCCCCAACGGCGAGCGCCUCGUCGGCGGCGCGCAGGCGGUGCGGAUGAACGCGCCCCGCGUCGGCGGCAGCUUCGCGGUGUGGGGCGGCCUCUUCUCCGCCUUCGACUGCACCAUGGUCUUCAUGCGCCAGAAGGAGGACCCCUGGAACUCCAUCAUCGCCGGCGCCGCCACCGGCGGCUUCCUCUCCAUGCGCCAGGGCCCCGGCGCCGCCGGCCGCUCCGCGCUCAUGGGCGGGAUGCUGCUCGCCCUCAUCGAGGGCGCGGGCCUCAUGCUCAACCGCGUCCUCGCCACGCCCCCGCCGCUCCCCGUCGAUGACCCCAACCUCCCCGCCGUCAUGGGCGGCGGCGGCGGGAUCCCCGGGAUCCCGCAGGUCCCCGUGGCGCCACCUGAGGUCGCGAGCUCCAGCGGCGGUGGGAGUGGAUGGUUCGGGAGCCUGUUCGGCAAGAAGGAGGAGGAGAAGAAGGCGAGCCCGAGCGGCGGCAAGUCGGAGAUGUUGGAGAGCUUCGACACGCCGAGCACUCCGAUCCCAACCUUCGAGUACAAGUGAAGAAGAAGAAUCGCAGGAUGGCUGAGUGCACUGAAGCUCAGGCAGAGAUUUUGGGUAGUCUGGAAAAAAAAGCUACAUCAGAGCGAGAUGGAAUGCUUAUUUGACGAACUCAUGCGUGCGCACGACUUGUUUCUAGGGCUAUAAACCUCCCACAGAGGAAGGUCUUGGCCCCUGGCUCUUAUAUGUAUUAAUAAUGUCAUAAUGUAUGUGAGGCUGUGAUCCGUUUUAAUUUACCAUGGUAUGUUUUGCAACUUUGCAAAUGAUGUAGCAGUAGCAGUAAUAACCUAUAGCAUUCUUGUCAUUCAGUGUACUGGGCUCUUAAAAAGCCUCAACUUAUGCUUCAAGCUGGCUUAUAAAGUUUUGACACUUUUGAGUUAGGAUGUGGAAGUUAUGCAUCCUGUCUUCCCACUGAUCCGCUUCUCGAUCAGCAGGUGCAAAAACAAGAAGUGUGCACUGCAAACUUGUUUGUGGACUAUACAAGUGUACCUGAGGCUUUUGUUCAGAACAUGAAUAUAUUUUUCUGUGUACCUGA